AAACGGCUUGAUUUGUUGCUGCCUUACACAUAAUGUUUGCAAUCUCAUUUUACCUAAAGUAAUCUUAUGUGACAAUCUGCAAACAUGGAUAAAGGUCCUUUUCAAAAUUAUAAGGGCACCCAAAUGAAGUCUUGUUUUUGUAUUUUCCCAUUGUUUAUAGAAGCAGGAUUACUUAGGGAUGGUUUAGCCUCUGGAAGUGGGGGCCCUCGUUCCUUGGUUGGACGAUUUCCGCUGAAAUCCACAGAGGCUUAUAUCGUCCACAUCAAGUUUUCAAAGAGCCCGUUUUUCCCCCUUUCAUGAGAAAUACCAGAAAAUACAAGGUCUGUGAGUGCAGCCUCGCUGAGUUCCUGCUGGUCUGAGACUCCUCCCUGGAUCACAUGUAAGAAGGGGGAAAGGUUCAGGAUGUGCCAUAGCAUCAUGAUAGUGGAUAUUGUAUUCUGUCAGGACGAGUUGAGUGAUAUCUGAAUGGGCAGUGGCACUACCUACAGAUAGACUGGUAAGGUAUAUUACUUUUUUGUCAUUUUAAGGUAGCUUUAUUUGUCUCAAUGGGUAUUUGAGGAAAAUCGUUUUGAUAAGGUUCUGUCAGAUAAAGACAGGGACUGUUGUUUCUGCAGUUUAUGGUGUUGAUUACUCAGCCUCUCCUCACUCAUCUGAUUCAAAGAAUACAAUACAUGGGAAAUAACUCCAAAUGUCAUAGUAUCCAUUUUCACUACUGUGGCGUUGAAAUCUGAGUUAACCAUAUAUUCUCUGAAUGCUCCUUCGCAAAUUGAAAUGUUGAAUAAACUGAAGGAAAUAAAUGCUAUUUUUCUCUGCUUCUGAGCUGAAAGUGUAACCAAAGCAUUGUGGUGACUUCAGUGGUGUCACGCACCGUUUAGCAGUCUGACUGUGGACCUUAAAGUCAAUCAAAGGAGUGCUGUCUGCUAAAUAGGCCCCUGUUUUUUUACCAAGCAAAGUCUGAGAAAACUGGCAAAACAUUUGACUGCUCAUGUGGAAGCCAGCCCUGGUCAUGUGCUCACCCCUCUCUGAUCAGAGCCUAAUGAGUGUGGAGGUAUGACGUCUUGUUUUAAUCCUGUGUGAUGUCCUGAACCCUGGGACUGAAAAAUGCAGUUUAAGUGGAGUAUUUCGCCUUCCUGUUCUAAUUUACUCAACCUGGAAAUGUUGACUUAUGCCAGCUUUCUCUCCCCUCUUAUGUUACAUGAUCCAUCAAACCAUUAUAGCAGUGUACUGUGAGUUCACUUCUGUGGCAGGUUAGGCACUCAGCUGCACAAUGGCUGACUGGGACUAUGACUAUCUGAUCAAGCUGCUGGCUCUCGGGGACUCAGGGGUGGGGAAGACCACCUUCCUCUACAGGUACACCGACCAGAAGUUCAACCGCAAGUUCACCACCACAGUGGGCAUUGACUUCAGGGAAAAGAGAGUGAUGUACACUGGGAAAGGUGCUGAUGGAACAUCUGAGAGGAACUUCAAUGUCCACAUUCAGCUUUGGGACACGGCGGGACAAGAGAGGUUCCGCAGCCUCACCACAGCUUUCUUCAGGGACGCCAUGGGCUUCCUGCUGAUGUUCGACUUGACCAGUCAGCAAAGUUUCCUAAACGUCAGGAACUGGAUGAGUCAGCUACAGGCCAACGCGUACUGUGAUAGUCCAGACAUUGUGUUGGUGGGCACUAAGGCAGACCUCCGGGAUGUGAGGGACGUUCACGGAAGACAAGCCAGAGACCUGGCAGACAGAUACGGCAUCCCCUAUUUUGAGACGAGUGCAAUGACUGGUGAUGAUGUUGACCAGGCAGUGACCACGCUGCUGGAUCUGGUGAUGAAGAGGAUGGAGCAGAGCAUUCCCGGAGGCCCCAGCUCUGAACCCAACGGCAGCCCCAUCAACAGCCAUGAGGUGGAGGAGGCUCCUGUGAGGAGGACGUGUGCCUGCUGAUGUUACCACCAGUAGUCACUCUUCCCACGUUUGCCCCAAAUAACAAUAUUUUCAAAAUGCUGCUGUUUUCUAAAGCGUAACUUGGGUGCCUGAUAGGUCAGGCUGGGAUCUUUUAAGAUCAAAAAAAUUAAAAAUGUGGGCCCAAUAUUGUUGUGACAAUGCGAAUUCCCCUCUUAAAAAUUGCUGUGUGAUGUUGUUUAUUCACAGUCUGUGAGAAAGGGGAGUCCAAGACCCUAGAAACUGUAUCCCUAGAAACUGUAUAUAGUAAGUAUGUACAGGUAUUGUUAUAAAACUGGGAUGUUUUAGAGACACCAGGUGAAAAACAGUCAAUUAUUGUAUUAAAAUGGGUCAUAUCAGAGAAAAAGUUUUUAUUUGACACAUUGAGGCAUUGAUGGAAGAAUAUGUAGGCACAUAACGUAUAUUUAUCAUGGAGUAUAAUCCAAAAACAUUUAAGACAUGGUUACAUUUCUUAUAUGGAUGAUUGUUUUUGUUAGAACAACCAAGAUAGCUAAGUCAUUUAUGAUUUAUGAAUUGUAUACGACAUGUACAUAAGCAGCCAAGCUUUUUUAUGCAUUAUGGAACAUAUUUGCCAUGCAGAUCAAACACAAGUACAAGAAUGUUAAAGGGUUGUUGGAACGAAAACCUGUAUAGUGCUGCGUUUGGAAUAAAGACAUUUUAUGUUUAUGUACAUGUCACUGUCUUGUCGUUUUAAAUGUAAUGCACACAAAGAUACACACAACUGCUAAUCUGACUGGAAAUACAAUCCUCGCAGACUUUGUUAGCAUUGUUAUUGUUUACACACAUUCUAAACAUUGAUUUUAAUUAAAUAAAGAGAGAAACUUAAAAAUG